GUUUGUUGUUUUUUUUUCUCUGAGCUCAGUCAGCAUUUUUAGUCGGCUUGUUCAGUCGUCGAGUGGUGCAGUGGAAGAAAAUAAUCAUUCUCGUUGGAAUCAUAUUUUUUCUGCAGUUUGUGAAGUGUGCGGUAUUCGAAAUUCAACAGUGACAUUCUUCCAGUCCAGCACAUAAUCGUUCGUAGUAGCGAAUUCCCUUUCGCCGCCCGCCACUAUGAGGCGAUUCGAGUUGACGGCGCUGUUGUUGGCCUUGUGUCUUGUUGUGGUCACGAGCAUGAGCGGAGUCCAUGCCCAGGAUGAUGAUUUGGUGGACGAUAGUGCGAGUGAGGACUUCGACGAGGAUGAUGAGGAUCUGCUGCGUCAAAUCGAGGCUCAGCAUGUGCAACGCGAAUUCGAGAAGGAAGAUCAAAUGGCCCGAGAGUUGGCCGCGAAGAUUGCUGCCGAAAGCUACAACUUCCCGGAUGGCAUUGUGAAUGCUCCCCGGUUGGUGGAUCCGUGCAAGGAAAUUCGUUGCGGUGCCGGUCGGAUUUGUCAGGCCGAUGGUUCCGAUGCCAAGUGUGUCUGCAUUCCGGAGUGCCCGGAAGAAUUUGACUCUAGAAGAAAAGUCUGUACCAAUUUGAACGAGACUUGGGAAUCGGCUUGCGAGGUUCAUCGGCAGAGGUGCUUAUGUAACACGGAUGAUCCACGUUGCCGCGGGGAGGAGGUGAAACACGUGCACAUCAACUAUUACGGUCGGUGUCGAGACAUUCCGGAGUGCUCUGAAAAUGAUUUGUCAGAUUUCCCGCGCCGUAUGCGCGAUUGGUUGUUCAACGUGAUGCGUGACUUGGCCGGUCGGAACGAACUUCCAGAUGCUUACUUGGAGCUAGAGCAUGAGGCUGAAAAUAACAUGACCAAACGGUGGACCAACGCUGCCAUCUGGAAGUGGUGCGAUUUGGACAGUCAUCCGAAUGACAACUCCGUAUCUCUGCACGAGCUGUUCCCCAUCCGUGCCCCGCUGAUGGCCUUGGAGCACUGUAUCGCACCGUUCUUGGAGAGUUGUGAUCCCAACCAUGAUCACAGGAUUUCCCUACAGGAAUGGGGCAACUGCUUGGAGCUGGAGGAGGAUGACCUCACCGCUCGUUGUGCGAAAAUUAAAAAGGAAGAUGAGUACGAAAAACUUGAGCUUGAGUUAGCAGAAAACUAAAGCAGGUUCGAUGUUUAUUUACUAUAAAUUUCCAAAGCCCUAGUUUAAAAGUUUAAAAGCGCGGUUGUUGCAAAAAAAAUAAUACUCUGUUUCAUUAACGAAAACAACCUGAACGACGAGAUUCUUAUCCAACUAACUCUCUACGUGCGCCUAUUAAAUAAGAGUGUAUUGCUUAGAGCUUAUUUUUGUGCAAAGAAUAAAGUCUUCAUAAGUAACUGGUAAAAAUAAAGUAAAUCUUUACACACAA